GUCAGCCACACUUUAUUGAUCUAUCAUUUGGAAAUAAUUUCAUAACUAGAGUAUGUGUGGUAUUUAAAUACAACUGAAGAAUUGCAGUUACUCACUCUGGCUGUAAGCAUCACAACUACAUGUAAAUGACUAAAUUAGUACGUAAGAUAUUAACUCAAUGACAUGAGUGCAUGACAGGAUGCCUGGCAUUACGCGCAUGCGCUUUGAGGCUUUCAUUCGUCAUGGCUGACACGGGCUGGCCAGACUGUACGAAGAGUUUGAAAGGUGUCAUAUUGGAUAUGUGUGGCGUUUUAUAUGACAGCGGGGAAGGCGACGGGGUUGCCAUUCCUGGUUCGGUUGAAGCUGUGAAAAAGCUCAAGGCAUCAGACCUGCAGCUGCGCUUCUGCACCAAUGAGACCCAGGCCACCAGAGAGGCAUUUGUAGCCAAGCUCCAAAGACUGGGCUUUGACAUCUCUGUGCCUGAGAUUUUCUCUCCUGCUCCUGCAGCCAUGGUUGUCCUUAAAGAGAGGGGUUUACGACCUCACCUGCUGGUGUAUGAUGGACUUGUCCCCGAGUUUGACAGUGUUGACAAGACCAACCCAAACUGCGUAGUGAUUGGAGACGCAGCUGAACAUUUUUCCUACCAGAACCUGAAUGAGGCAUUCAGGGUCCUUAUAGGCCUGGAGAAGCCAGUGCUGCUCUCUCUGGGCCAAGGGCGGUACUACAAGGAAACAGAUGGUUUGAAACUAGAUGUCGGGGUUUACAUGAAGGCUCUGGAGUAUGCCUGUGAUUUAAAGGCAGAAGUCAUUGGAAAGCCAUCCCCAACAUUCUUCCAGAGUGUUCUCAAUGACAUGGGGCUUCAACCACAUGAGGCACUGAUGAUCGGGGACGAUCUGGUGAACGAUGUAGGUGGGGCCCAACACUGUGGAAUGAAAGGCAUACAAGUCAGGACUGGCAAAUACAGGCCCAGUGACGAGAGGCACUCAACAGUGACUGCUGACGGCACUGUGGACAACCUGGCCCAGGCUGUGGACAUCAUCCUCAAUCAGCGGCAAUGAGUACAAGGCAGUGGGCACUGGAAACUCUUCACUUACUAUGACCCAGGGUGAUACAGGCUGGUAGCCAAUAGUAUUUUCAUAUAGCUCUAAAUGAUGUUUCCAGUGGGAAGGAUGUACUGCAUUGAGCUAAUUCAAGUAACAUGUCAAAGCAGUACAAAACUAAAAUACCCUCCAAAUGCUGUAUAUCCUGUAACUGUCAAAUAUGGGAAACACCCACCCAUCUGGUGCUCCACAUAGUGUAAAACAAACUGGAAUGAAAUUUGCAGCACUAUUACCUAGGUCUGCAAGAGAUAGUCUUAAACACUUUAGAGCUGCACUGUGCAUUUGUCAGUACAUGAUUGGCAUAGAUAAGAUACCUCAAGUUGACAUGAAUGUGCCUGUAACCAGCUGCUGACUGACAGUUAGAAGGGAAAAGUAGUCCUGUGUGUUCAGGCUCCCUGCUAAUGUUAUACAGUCAAAUUCUUUGAGAUACUGUACACGAAUACAGCUUGUAGUCAAACUGGAAAUGCACAGUUGGAAUGUAGCUGUAGUGCAUUUUAACAUACAUUAAUUGAUGUCUGUUGUUAUGUGGGUAAUAUUAUUGUCGCUCACUCCCUUUACACAAAACAUGAACAACCUUGUUAAAACAGCGGGGAGAAGGCAUUUUCUCUAAGCCACUGUCGCAGACCUUUUUGGGUUUGUUUUUUUUUUUUUAAAAAGGGCUCAAGGUCUCAAAGCACUGGGGAAAAUGUAGCCUCGGCUCGGAGCGGCUUUUGUUUUACAAAAACAAAUCGCUGGAAAUGGGAAGUGAGUUGGUCUCAGAGAUGAUAAAUGCAGAACCCAGCCGAGUGUGAUGAAUUACACUGGUGCUUGAGCUCAUGUUUCCCCCCUCUGUAAACAAAGAUGAAAUGAACUCUCCAUCAUCGGAGUGAAGAAUCACAAAUCUACAACUGCUUAUCUUUAUUUACUUGACUGUAAGCCGCCUCUGCUGGGGAUUGCCCCGUUAUUGUUGCAUUAACUGCCACUCAUUAGACGUAGUGUAUUCCCUUCAGUAUCUUCAGUGAGGUUAAAUAAAAUGAUGAGGGGGGAAAAAAUUGGCUAUUGGGCUUCAGUGUGCCAGCUGGAUCAUUGAGCCCUCUGGAAGUGGGGCGUAAAACAAACGAUCCUCCAUCGCUGCCCCCAAGGUUUCAGUGCACCAAAUAGAUUCAACGAGAACAAAAGCCCAUUGCCAAGUGAUUCAUUGAGGUCUUUCUGGUUCACUUCACCAUUAGCUGACACAAGCUUGAAUGUUAUUGGGCAAUUAAAGGUAAUGAAAUGCUACGAAGUAUUAUGAAACUGUCUGAGCUGGAUGUACCACUCCUUUUUCUGAUUGGGAAAUAAAUAUUACUGUACAUGACAAAGUACUAGCAGCUGGUACCCAGUUUUCCAACAGCUUACACAUUGUUUGACUUAGUGUUUUGUCCAUUAUGUUGCUGCCUGUUGGCCUUGUAUGGAGCUAUUAAACAUGUAUUUGACUACUCUCGAA